AUGGGCCGCAGAAAGAUCGAGAUCAAGGCCAUCAAGGACGACCGGAACCGCUCAGUGACCUUUCUGAAGCGCAAAGGCGGCCUGUUCAAGAAGGCGCAUGAGCUCUCCGUGCUCUGCUCCGUCGACGUCGCCGUCAUCAUCUUUGGCCACAACAAGAAGCUCUACGAGUUUUCAUCGGGCGACAUCAACGAGACGAUUGGCCGCUAUCAAUACUAUGGCGGAGCCCACGAACACAAGGGUCCCGAGGACUUCAUGGGCAAGAAGGACGGCGACGACGAGGACGAUGACGACGAAGAGGGCGCGCCUCCACGGGAUUCGCACACCCCGCCAGAGCACGCCAUGAUGCAGCAUCACAUGCAGCAUUCGCAAUUCCAGCACAUCAGGAACACUGCGCCGUCCAUGUCCCCACCGAUAGGCAAUGGCGUUCCCUUCCAGCAGCGAGGCCCCUCACCCCAGCCUGGACAUCAUCUGUCGCGUCCAAACUCACGAGCCCACAUUCGCCGACCAAGCUCAAAUCUCGCUCCUCCUCAGCCAUAUCCCUCGCAAGCUCCGCCGCCGCCCAACAGCUAUGCAUACAUGCCGAACCCGCCCUUCUAUAACCCCCAGGUUCCCCAACACAUGGCGCCCAAGCCUCAGCCCACUCCACCAGCUCCGCAGUUCCAGCACUCAUACCCCAUGCCACAACACCCACAGGUGCAGCAGUUUAUCCAACAGGAACAGCAGCGGAGGCAGUCGAUGCCCCCCACGAUCCAGCAGCAGCAGCAACAGCAGCAGCAACAGCAGCAACAACAACAACAACACCAACAUCAGCAACAGCAUCAGCAACAACAGCAGCAACCGCCACCACCACCGCCACCACCUCAAGGAUCUCAGCCGCAACAAGAGCGUCCUCCGCAACCCACAAUCACAGUCCCAUCUCCACCUCAGCAGAACGACUUCCAAAGCCCCCCUCUCCCCCAGCCAAAGCCUCUACAUGCGUCCGCCAAACACAGCAUCUUCACCCCGAUCGAUGACAGCCAGUCGAUGCUCGCAGCGCAUUGGGGCAGCAGCAAUGUAAACCCGCCGCGGAGUGAAGUUCCCUUCAUCAAGCAAGAAAAUCGUGCGCAGUCCAUUGACGUUGCUGCCAUGUCACGGCUUCAACCGAAUAGACUUUCUCCGCCCCAACCACAGCCUUCACAGAUGCCCAGCCAGCCGCCGCCCCAGCGGACGCAGUCCACGUCCUCGAUGCCUACCAUCCCUCCCCCUUCACGGACAAACAGUCUGCGAAUGGGCGAGAAUAAGCCGAGACUAAGGGUGCAGAUUCCCAGCGAACACUCAGACGCUGGAAGUGCCACUGCCGACUCGUCUCCCAAGGAUUCUGGUACAACAGGUGCCACACCCGGGCGCAGCACGGAUGCAUCACAUUCUUCCGGCGUUGUUCUACCUCCGCCUUCACCGAGCGCAAACUCGCUUCUCAGUGCCGGUGCAACUGGUCCACCCAAUCCUUUCGCGCGUCCUCCACCGCCUUCGAACAACGGCUCGUACGGUAGCCGCAACGAUAUGGAAACCCCCAUCUCGGCCCUGCCUAGUCGUUUUGUGGAGAAUGGCCUUUUGCCUUCGCCUUCGAGCUUCUACCCCGAAUGGGGUUUUGGUCGCGACUCGAAUAUGCUACCAAGUCCGUUGACGUUUCAGACCCCAGUAGCACCGAGUGGACCUAGCUUUGCUCGCGAUGAUUCUUCGGAUCGCAAGCGGAAGACGUCCGAUGGAGGCUCCGAUGCUGGCAGUCAAAAGCGCAUCAAGACUUGA